AUGUCCGCCUCCCUCAGAUCUGUUGCGCCGUUCCUCCGGACGGCGCGCGCCUCGCUGCGCCAGGGCAAUGUUAGCCCCCUUCAGGCCGCCCUGAAGAGACAGAACGUCUCCCCCAUCCUCAACGUCUAUCGCACAUACGCCGUCUACGAGCGGACAAAGCCUCACGUCAACAUUGUCUCCCAGACCACUCUGUCCGCCGCCAUUACCAAGAGGCAGGCCGAGAAGGGCCUCGCCAACUUCCUCGACUAUGGUGCCAUUGACAAGGCUCCCGAGGAGCGCAAGCGUGGUAUCACCAUCUCCACCGCUCACAUCGAGUACGCGACCGAAAACCGCCACUACUCCCACGUCGACUGCCCCGGUCACGCCGACUACAUCAAGAACAUGAUUACCGGUGCCGCCAACAUGGACGGUGCCAUCAUCGUCGUUGCCGCCUCCGACGGCCAGAUGCCCCAGACCCGUGAGCACUUGUUGCUCGCUCGUCAGGUCGGUGUCCAGAAGAUCGUCGUUUUCGUCAACAAGGUCGACGCCAUCGACGACCCCGAGAUGUUGGAGCUUGUCGAGAUGGAGAUGCGUGAGCUCCUCAGCACCUACGGCUUCGAGGGUGACGAGACCCCCGUCAUCAUGGGUUCCGCCCUCAUGGCCCUCAACAACCAGAGAAACGAGAUCGGCAACGAGAAGAUCGAUGAGCUCCUCAAGGCCGUCGACGAGUGGAUCCCCACUCCUACCCGUGACCUCGAGAAGCCCUUCCUCAUGUCCGUCGAGGACGUCUUCUCCAUCUCUGGCCGUGGUACCGUCGUCAGUGGCCGUGUCGAGCGUGGUCUCCUGAAGAAGGACUCUGAGAUCGAGAUUGUCGGCAAGGGCGACGAGAUCAUCAAGUCCAAGGUCACCGACAUUGAGACCUUCAAGAAGUCCUGCGACGAGUCCCGCGCUGGUGACAACUCAGGCCUCCUCCUCCGUGGUGUCAAGCGUGAGGACAUCCGCCGUGGUAUGGUUGUCUGCAAGCCCGGUACCGUCAAGGCUCACUCCAGCUUCCUUGUCUCCCUCUACGUUCUCUCCAAGGACGAGGGUGGCCGCCACACUGGUUUCCACGAGAACUACAAGCCCCAGAUGUACCUUCGUACUGCCGACGAGUCCGUCACUCUCACCUUCCCCGAGGGCACCGAAGACGCCAAGAGCAAGAUGGUCAUGCCCGGUGACAACGUCGAGAUGGUCGCCACCCUGCACCACCCCAGUGCCAUCGAGGUCGGUCAGCGUUUCAACGUCCGUGAGGGUGGCCGCACCGUCGCCACUGGUCUCAUUACCCGCAUCCUGAAAUAA